AACAAUCGGACAACUAAAAAAAGAAAACCCUGCACUAAAUUCGUGACCAAAGAAGGCUCCAUCAUGUACAGCAAGAAGCUGGAACGGAUGCACCGCCCGGCGUCGGACAUCACGAAGUACGACAAUGAGCCGUACAUGAAGAACCCAUUGCUCAAGUUCCGGAUCAGCGAGGUGCACGAACGCCGGCACUACGAGUUCCUCAAGCAAAAGGCGGCGGAUGUCAAGGUACGGGUGGCCCGCCAGCAGUGGCAGCCGGAGCCAGACAUCCGUCCGCUGCCCCAGUCUCACUACGAGGAUAACCUGCGACGCGAGGUGAGAAAGAUUGUGGUGCCGCCGAUGCUGCGCCGCACGGAGGCUAAGAUCCUCAGUUUCGCCUCGGAGCGGUUGAAGAACAAGUACCCGGAGCUGGUGAAGGCCUACAUGCAGGACGUGCACCAGGAGUUCAACCGUUUGAUGAAGGUCUACAGUAUGAAGAACAUCCUGCGGCAUCCGGAAUUCUCCGACGAGGAUCCGUCACAAUUUGAGCUGCCCCACCCCGACAUUGGCUUCCGACGGCCGGGUCGCACUCAGAACUACAGCAACUUCCUGGAGAACCGGCGACGCAUUGCCCAGAGGCUUCUGAUCCUUCAGCAGCCGCUAAGGGCCAUCCUCAAUAUAUCCGUCGGAGAAUUGCCGAACCUGGCCUGCGUCUUCCACUAUGUGCUGGCCACCGGCGCCAUGCAGCAGCAGCUGGGAUUGGGAGGACGGGAGGCGCUGUCUUACAAGUUCUACCGCAAGUAUAUCCAGAAUCAGCUGGACAAGGUAAACACCUUUCUUAGGUGGACCUGGUACCCCAAAGUGGUUCUGGUGCUGCGCAAGCUAAUGCGCAAGCGCGUGAUGCCGAUGAGCACAUGGAAGCGGGCCUGGAACGCUCUGGAGGGCCUGAUGAACCGCGAGAUGACUAACAUGAAGAUCCGAACCUUCGAGGAGAUGUACAGGAUGUGCAGCCAUCCACGCACGAUGCCCAUGCUGCGCAUGUCACUAGAAUGGGCUGAGUUUUCCAGCGAUCUGGACACGCGGCCCAAUGUCUGGGCCAUCCUGCGCACUUUCGCCGAGAUCGCCACCGAGAUCUCGAUGGUGGGGUACCGCAUGGAGCCACUGCAGCCCCAGGUGCAGACGCUCACCUCGAUGGCCAUGUACGCGAAGGUAAACGAUUACCUAAAGAUUGAGAUGAAUGAGAACUACCUAAAGGACGUGAUCGAUAAGGUUCAAAACAUAAUCAUGCGGACGUAUCAGGAGGUGAUCCAGUACAUCGACGGCUUUCGGGACAAGUAUUAUGCACUGUACUCCUGGCAGGAACGAGAUGCGCUGAAUCAGUUUUUGUCCGAACCGCAUGAGUUCGAGGAGUAUUUUGCCCGGAUCGACAUGUACUACGGAUUCAUUCAAAUGCUGCGAAGCGAACCCGGAACCGAAUACUUUGUGAUGGCAGUAAUCCACAACGAGCCGGCAGUAAUCGGUCUUCGUACCCUGGCCGAGAACCUGAUCCAUGAGAUAACCACAAUCAUCAUUCGGGAGCACAUCAAGGCAGAGGUGGAGAUUUGUGACGAGUUCGAGAAGAUCAAGUACCGGGCGCUGGAGAUCCCGAAGUCCACGGAGGAGCUGUUGGAGAGCGCGGAAUACAUGAUUCUCGUGAAAAAGGAGAAGAUCGCCGAGUUGACCGACCGCAUCCAGUACUGCCUGCAAGUGGGCACCAACAUCGUCGAGCUGACCGAGAUGUCCAAAUACCACUUUGACCUGACCAUCAAGACUAUUAACUGGAUCAAGGACAUCAACGACAUCUGCGACUACAAUGCCUCGCAGCAGGAGCAGUUCAAGUUCACCUUCGAGGAGCAUCUGCAGGAGGUCAUCCGGAAGCUGAACACGGACAUAGACGACCUACUGCCCAAGUUGGCCGUCAUCGAUGACAUGAGUCGACCGGAAAAGUUCCGAGACAGCUACAUUAUACUGCAGAAUUUUAUAGACCAGCUAAAGACCUUCGACGACUACGUGGCUUGGAUCAACAAGGAGGAGAAGCUCUUUAAGAUCGCCAUAACUGAAUAUCCCAAAUUGGAGAUCAUCAAGACGUUCGUCUACCCAUUUGCCGAGCUUAUGAAAUGCUGUAUUGAGUGGCAGCGAUACUUGAGCGUGUGGAACGAUGGACCCUUCGAGUAUCUGGAACCCCAGUUUGUGGAGAGAACUACGGACGAUUACCUUAAGGAGUUCCAGAAAAAUCAAAAGUACUACAGAGUCAAAAUAAAACAAGAUCUAAUUGAUAAUCCUGUGUGCAAAUUCAAGGGUCAAACCGAAGACCCAGAUCCGGCCAAGCACCCAGUUCCCCUGCGACUGUGCACUUCGAUGAUCCAGUCCAUCAAAGACUUCACCACCGGCGUGUUUAUAGUGAAUACUAUGUGCAAUCCGGCUCUGCGCAAGCGCCACUGGAAGGAGAUGUCCGAGAUAGCGGGCUGGGAUGUCACACCCGAUGCGGGAACUACUCUGCGCAAGAUCCUCAACUCCGGUCUGGAUCCGAUCCUCGAUCAAUUUGAGAUCAUCAGUAUCGGGGCCAAUAAGGAGCUGCAGCUGUGGAAUGCCCUGCAGGCCAUGAUCAAGGAGUGGGAGAGCAGGGUCUUUCCCUACGGUCCAUACAAGGAGACGGGCGUAAUGAUCCUCAGCAGUCUGGAUGACAUCCAGGCCCUGCUCGACGACCACAUCCUCAAGACGUUGGUCAUGCGAGGCUCGGCGUUCAUGAAGCCCUGCGAGGAGGAAGUGCGGGCCUGGUACGAGAAGAUCAUGCGGGUUAAUGAAACACUAGAUCAGUGGGGCAAGGUGCAGGCCAACUACCUGUACCUGCUGCCCAUCUUCUCAUCGAAGGACAUAGUGGCCCAGAUGCCCGAAGAGGGUCGCCUCUUCGUCAUCGUGGAGCAGACCUACACUAGGAACAUGGGCUUGGUCCUGCGGCAACCACUGGUGAUGGAAACUGCGCCCGUUUCGGGUUUGCUUGAGUCCUUGCAGAAGGCCAACGAACUGCUGGAGGAUGUAGCCACCGGCGUGAGCAAUUACCUGGAGAAAAAGCGUCUAUACUUCCCGCGCUUCUUUUUCCUGGCCAACGACGAGAUGCUUGAGAUUCUCUCCGAGACGAAGGAUCCGCUGCGCGUGCUACCACAUCUGAGCAAGUGCUUCGAGGGCAUAAAUAGCCUGGAGUUCGAUGCGGCCAAGAAUGUGCUGGCCAUGAUUAGCAGCGACAAGGAAUCGAUCGAGUUCAUGGAGCAGGUCUCCACAGCGGCGGCCGGAGGAAGUGUGGAGAAGUGGCUGAUUGGAGUGGAGGACGAGAUGCUAAAGGCGGUGCGCUACCAGAACGAGCUCUCCUUCGCCCACUACCCGAAGGUCAAGCGGCACGAGUGGGUGCUGGAGUGGCCCCAGAUGACGGUGCUGGCCAUCUCGCAGGUGUAUUGGGCAUCCCGCGUCCACGGAUGCCUGCGUCGCACCUUCGGCGGCAAUAUGACCAUCAUGAUGAACUUCUUCCAGGAGCUGUCCAAGGAGCUAAACGAUAUUGUGACGCUGGUUCGCUCGCCAAAGAUCAGCAACCUCAAUCGGAUCACCAUUAAGUCAUUGAUUGUGAUCGAUGUGCAUGCCAAGGACGUCUCCGAGGACCUCAUCAAGAAUAAGGUCAGCAGUGAGUUCGACUUCCAGUGGCUGGCCCAGAUGCGUUACUACUGGGAGGACGAAAAGACCUGGGUGCGAAUAAUCAACGCCACUGUGCCCUUUGCCAACGAGUAUCUCGGCAACUCGGAUCGCCUGGUGAUCACCCCUCUGACGGAUCGUUGCUAUCGCACCCUGGUGGGAGCCUAUCAGCUGCAUCUAAACGGAGCUCCGGAGGGACCUGCUGGAACGGGAAAGACGGAGACCACCAAGGAUCUGGCCAAGGCUCUGGCCGUGCAGUGCAAGGUGUUCAAUUGCUCCGACGGCCUGGACUACAAGGCCAUGGGCAAGUUCUUCAAGGGAUUGGCCUCGUGCGGUGCCUGGGCGUGCUUCGAUGAGUUCAAUCGAAUCGAGCUGGAAGUACUCUCCGUGGUGGCACAACAAAUCCUGCUUAUUAUUCAAGCGGUGCGCGCCAAUGCCACCAAGUUCAUGUUCGAGGGCACAGAGUUGACGCUGAAUCCCGCCUGCUACGUUUGCAUCACCAUGAAUCCCGGCUAUGCCGGCCGAUCCGAACUGCCGGAUAAUUUGAAAGUGCUCUUCCGGUCUGUGGCCAUGAUGGUGCCGGAUUAUGCCAUGAUCGGGGAGAUCUCACUGUACUCCUAUGGAUUCGUGGAUGCCCGAAAGCUGGCCGUAAAGAUUGUGACAACCUACAGACUUUGUUCGGAGCAGUUGUCCAGCCAGAAUCACUAUGAUUACGGCAUGCGAGCCGUCAAGACGGUGCUCUCCGCCUGCGGUAACAUCAAAAAGCAGUAUCCGGACGAGGUGGAGGACAUUCUGCUGUUGCGCAGUCUGAUCGACGUGAAUCUUCCAAAGUUCCUCUCGUUCGAUGUUCCCCUGUUCGAGGGCAUCAUCUCGGACAUCUUCCCGGGCAUCAAGUUGCCCCACAUCGACUACUCCCUGGUGGAAACGGAGUUCAAGCGCGUCUGUUUGGAGGAGGUUUUGGAGCCUGCUCCCAGUUUUCUACUCAAGGUCAUUCAGACGUAUGAAAUGAUUAUCGUCAGGCACGGAUUUAUGCUGGUGGGGGAACCGCUGGCGGGAAAGUCCAAAACGCUUCAGGUCCUGGCCAAGGUCAUGUCCGCUCUGAAGAUUAAGGCACCGCAGAAAAGUAUAUACUUUCAACACGUUCAAAUGGGCAUCAUGAACCCUAAGUCCAUUACCAUGAACCAGCUGUACGGCUCUUUCGAUCCCAUUUCGUAUGAGUGGACGGACGGCCUGGUUGCCAAGAUCUUCCGUGACUUUGCCAUGACGCCCACGCCGGAUAGAAAAUGGGUCAUUUUUGAUGGACCCGUGGAUGCCGUUUGGAUUGAGAACAUGAACACGGUGCUGGACGACAACAAGAAGCUGUGCCUGACCAGCGGCGAGGUGAUCACCAUGAGCAACGAGAUGUCGAUGGUGUUCGAGGUAAUGGAUCUGGCCCAGGCCUCGCCGGCCACCGUGUCCCGAUGCGGGAUGAUCUACAUGGAGCCCUCGACGCUGGGAUGGCGCUCCUUCGCCAAGAGCUGGCUGAAGAAGGCCGAUCCUCGCUGGGCGGAUGAGGAGGGGGUGCCUUAUGUGAUGGCCCUGCUGCAGUGGCUUCUGCCGCCCUGCCAAACGUUUGUUAGGCGAUAUUGCAGUCAGUUCAUUAAGCCCGGGGAGUUCAACUGCAUGCUAACCCUCUUCGACCUGUUCGACAUGCAGAUCGCGGAGGCGAUUGAAGAGAAUCCGGAGGACUACCAGAAGUACAUCCAGAGCUACUUCCAGGCCGCCAUUCUGUUCGCUCUGAUUUGGGGAGUUGGCGGAGUACUGGACACUGCUUCCCGAGAGAAGUUCGAUGUGUUCGUAAAGAAACUUUGGGACAGCGAUCCUCCGCCGCCGGAACCGCUGGGCAAGAUGGAGAUAACUCCGCCCACGGAGGGCCUGCUGGUGGACUACGUCUUUCUGUACAAACAGCGAGGAGCCUGGCGCUACUGGCCGGAUCUUGCCAAGCGCAUGGACGUGGAGGAGACCAAGACAGGGGUAAUAGUGCCCACCGUGGAUACGGCUCGUUAUAUUCACCUGCUGAAGAUGCACGUGGAGCACAAGAAGCGAAUGCUGCUGGUUGGACCGACGGGUACCGGAAAGACGGUCUACAUACAGAACUACCUGAUGAACAAGCUGGAUAAGGAGGUGUUCGAGACGGGAUUCAUCACCUUCACUGUAAUGAUCUCAGCCAACCAGUGCCAGGAGCUGCUCAUAUCUAAACUGCAGAAGUGGAAGCGAGGCAUCUACGGCCCGCCGAAGGGAAUGCAAAGUGUGCUCUUCGUGGACGACAUGAACAUGCCGGUGAAGGAGGUUUACGGUGCACAGCCUCCCCUGGAGCUGCUGCGCCAGUUCUUCGACUAUGGCCAUGUGUAUGACCUGAAGGAUAGCUCAAAGGUCUAUAUCCACAACGUACUGAUCAUGGCCGCAUGUGGCCUGCCCGGCGGCAGUCGACAGGAUGUCUAUGCCCGCUUCCUGAACCACUUCAACGUUUAUUCCAUCAACACGUUCAGUGACGAUAGUAUGUUCCGCAUAUUCCUGAAUGUGGCGUUGAAUGGCUUCCGGCGUUGUGGGCACGGACAGGAUGUGUUCGUCGUGACCAAUCAGAUAGUGAGUGCCACGCAGAGCAUCUACAAGAGCGUGCAGUCGGAGAUACGGGCUACUCCGUCCAAGUCCCACUACAUAUUCAACCUAAGGGACAUGUCCCGCGUGAUUACUGGAUGCACUCUGGUGCGGAAGGAGUCGGUCUCGGACAAAAAAAUGUUCGUGCGGGUCUGGUACCACGAGGCCAUGCGAGUUUUUUACGAUCGCCUGGUGGACGAUGUGGAUCGCAAAUGGAUGUUUGAGAAGCUAAACGAGUGCCUGAAGGCGAAUUUCAAGGACAAGGUGGAGACCAUCUUCGAUCGAUAUUGCGUCCCGGGACAAGACGAGCAGGUGUUCACCAUGGAGGCAGCCAGUAGCGUCAUGUUUGGCGUUUAUUUCGACGAGGACAGCACGCCGGAUGAGCGGCGCUACGAGGAAGUGCCCAGCAUGGAGGUCUUCCUAAACCUGGCGCUGGCCAGCCUAGAUGACUACAAUUCGACUCGCCGCAACAAAAUGGACAUCACGCUGUUCACCUUUGCGCUGCAGCAUCUGAACCGCAUUUGCCGCAUCAUUUCGAUUCAGGGAGCUAGUGCCCUGAUCAUUGGGCUGGGUGGAUCUGGACGCCAGUCGCUGACCAAGUUGGCCACCAACAUGGUGCAGACAUCGUUCUUCCAGCCGGAGAUAACCAAGAAUUAUGGGGCCAACGAUUGGCACGACGACAUCAAGGCGAUCCUGAAGGAGGCGGGUGGAAUGAACAAGCACACAACAUUCCUGAUAACCGAAAACCAGAUCAAAAUGGAGCUCUUUCUGCAGGACAUAGACUGCCUGCUGAACCAGGGCGAGGUACCCAACAUAUUCCCGAUCGACGAGAAGCAGGAGGUGCUGGAGUUGGUGCGACUGGCGGCACAGGGAGGCAAUCGCAACAUCGAUGUCUCGGCGCUGCAGGUCUUCUCCUUCUUUGUGGACCGCUGCAAGCAGAAGCUGCACAUGAUCCUCAGCUUUUCACCCAUUGGGGAUGCCCUCAGGACUCGAGUCCGUUUGUAUCCCUCGCUGGUAAACUGCUGCACCAUCGAUUGGUACGACAGCUGGCCGGAGGAGGCCCUGUCGAUGAUAGCCAAGAUGUCGCUGGUGGAUGUCAAUGUGCCAAGCGAGGACAUCAAACUGGCCAUCAUGGACACCUGCCAGUACUUCCACAUGACGGCGGCGCGAGCGACGCGCGCCUUUUGCCAGAUGACCGGGCGUCACAUCUACCAGACGAACGCCUCCUUCAUCGAACUGAUCCGCUCCUUCCAAACGCUCAUUUACCGGAAGCAGAGCGAAACGAUGCUGGCCAAGAUGCGUUACAUUGGUGGCCUGGAUACGCUGGCCCAGGCAGCAGCAGCCAUUUCGAUUAUGCAGCGGGAUCUGAAUGCCCUGCAGCCCAAGUUGGUGGCCUUGGCGGAGGCAUCGCGCAAGAUGAUGCUGGAGAUCAACAAGGAAACGCUGGCCGCCAGUGCCGCCGCCGAGCAGGUGAAACGGGACGAGGAGGUGGCCUCCGUGCAGGCCGAGGCAGCCCAAGUGCUGAAGCAGGAUUGCGAACGAGAUCUUGCCAAGGCCAUUCCCGUUCUGGAGGAUGCCCUGGCUGCCCUGAACACUUUGAAACCGGCGGACAUAACGCUGGUCAAGUCGAUGAAGAAUCCGCCGCCAGUGAUAAAGCUGGUGAUGGCCGCCGUCUGUGUGAUCAAGGGUAUUCCGUCAGACCGCGUUCCGGAUCCAGCCUCUGGGAAAAUGGUCCAAGACUACUGGGGACCGAGCAAGCGGCUCCUGGGCGAGAUGAACUUCCUGCCGGCUCUCAAGGAGUUCGACAAGGACAAUAUUCCUGCGGAGAUCAUGAAGCGGAUCCGCAAGGAGUUCAUCCCCAACAAGGACUUCGACCCCAAGGUGGUGGCCAAGGCCUCGAGUGCGGCCAAGGGUCUGUGCCAGUGGAUCAUCGCCAUGGACAUGUACGACGAGGUGGCCAAGGUGGUGGCGCCCAAGAAGGCCAAGCUGGCUGGGGCGGAGAAGGAGUACGCCGACACGAUGGAGUUCCUGGCCGCGAAGAGGGCCCUGGCCCUCGCCUUGGAGGAGAAGGUGGCCCAGCUGAACAUCGAGUUGGACAAGGCCAACGCGGAGAUGCAAAAGACAGAGGAUCACGCCGAGAGCUGUCGCAACAAGCUGCUCCGGGCGGAGGCCCUCAUUGGCGGACUGGGAGGUGAGAAAUCGCGCUGGAACAAGGCGGCGGAGGAUCUGCAGGAACUGUACGACCACCUCCCCGGUGAUGUGCUCAUCUCGUGUGGGAUCAUCGCCUACCUGUCGGCCGUGAAUCUGCAGUACCGCUCGGAUUGCGUCAAGGACUGGUUCAAAAAGGUUAAGGACCUGAAGAUUCCCUGCUCCGACCACUAUUCUAUUUCAGAAGUACUUGGCCUGGAGGUCACCAUUCAGAACUGGCAGCUGGACGGACUGCCCAACGACGAGUUUUCCAGCGAGAACGCCAUUAUCUCGGCCAAUUCCAGCCGGUACAGCUUGUUCAUCGAUCCCCAGGCUCAGGCCAACAACUGGCUGAAGAAUAUGGAGCGCAAGAACCGGCUGAACUGCGUCAAGUUCAACCAGAGCAAUUACAUGAGGGUGAUUGCCGAGGCACUCGAGUACGGAACACCGGUGAUAAUCGAAAAUGUUCAGGAGGAGCUGGAGGUGCCGCUCGAUCCCAUUCUGAUGCGACAGACCUUCAUGCAGGGCGGUGUCAAGCACAUCAGCUUGGGCGAGACAGUUGUGCCGGUCAAUCCGAACUUCCGGCUGUACAUGACCUGCAACCUCCGCAAUCCGCACUUUCUGCCGGAGACCUUUAACAAGGUGACAGUGAUAAACUUUGCUCUCACCCAGAACGCUCUGAUGGAUCAGCUUCUCAGCAUUGUGGUGGCCAAGGAGCGUCCCGAUUUGCAGGAGCUUCGGAUCACGCUCACCACGGAGGCGGCGGCCAAUAAGGGAGCUCUCCGGGAUGCGGAGAAUAUGAUUCUGAAGACGCUUAGCGCCGGUGGCGACAUCCUGGAGAACGAGGCGGCGAUUCAGAUCCUGGCGGAUUCCAAAGGACUGUCCAAGGAUAUUGUAGAGAAACAGGAGGCGGCCAAGGAGACGGUGGCCAAGAUCGAGGCCUUUCGGCUGAACUACAAGCCCGUGGCAGUGCAUUCUUCCAUAUUGUACUACUCGAUUACGGAUCUGCCCAACAUCGAUCCCAUGUACCAGUUCUCCCUCAAUUGGUACAUCAACCUGUACAUGUAUUCCAUAGAAACGGCCAACAAGUCCAAGGACCUGCCGCGGCGCAUUAAGUUCCUGGUGGAUGGCUUUACUCGCAAUCUGUACAACAACGUGUGCCGCUCCAUCUUCGAGAAGGACAAGCUGCUCUACUCCUUCAUCCUCACCGCCCGCAUACUGCUGGGCACGGGUCAGGUGGAGAUGCGGCACUUUGCCCACCUGGUCACCAACGCCAAGGAGUCCACGAACAUACCCCCCAAUCCGGAUCCCAGCUGGAUAACAGAGACUGUGUGGCUCAAUGUGCUCCGCUUGGAGGAGCUCAAGGAGCUGCGCGGCAUCGUGGAACACUUCAAGAGUCACCUGGCCGCCUGGCAGGCGAUUUACGACCACUUUUCGCCGGAGAAGCAACCGCUUCCGCCUCCAUGGCAGGAUAAGACGACCGCCUUCGAAAAGAUCAUUGUCUUAAAGGCCCUGCGGCCCGACUCCGUUUUCCUGGCGGUGCGCAUCUUCAUCGCCGAGUGCAUCGGGGAUCAGUAUGUCACUCCGCCGGAGUUCGACAUUUCCAAGUCGUAUGCUGACUCCACGGCGCUCACCCCGCUGGUGUUCAUUCUCUCGCCCGGAGCAGACCCACUGGGCUCUCUGCUGGCCUUCGCCGAGAAGAUGGGCCAGGAGGAGACCUUCCAGAGCAUCUCGCUGGGCCAGGGACAAGGUCCGAUUGCCACGGCGCUGAUCAAGAACGCCCAGGAGAUGGGCUACUGGGUGUGCCUGCAGAACUGUCAUCUGGCCGCUUCAUGGAUGCCCUAUUUGGAGUACCUCUGGGAGAAUAUGGACACCUUCAACACCACGCCCAACUUCCGAAUCUGGCUGACCGCUUAUCCAACGCCCCAAUUCCCGGUCACCAUCCUACAGAACGGCGUGAAGAUGACUAAUGAACCGCCGACCGGACUCAAGGAGAACCUGAUGCGUUCGUAUAACUCGGAGCCCAUUAACGACUACGAGUUCUACACGGGCUGUGCCAAGCAGGAUCGCGCCUUUACCCGGCUGCUCUACGGGAUUUGCUUCUUCCACGCCGUUGUCCAGGAGCGCCGGAAGUACGGUCCAUUGGGCUGGAACAUUGCCUACGGAUUCAACGAGUCUGAUCUGCAGAUCUCUGUGCUGCAGCUGAGCAUGCUGCUGAACCAGUAUGACCAUGUGCCCUACGACGCCAUCUCGUAUCUGACCAGCGAGUGCAACUACGGCGGAAGGGUCACGGAUAACUGGGAUCGCCGAUUGAUUGUGACGAUCCUGGCGGACUUCUGCAACGCCCAGGCGGUGUCGGACAACCGCUAUAGGUUUGCCAGCGACGACCGCUACAUCCUGCCGCGAAAGACGGAGCACCGCGAGAUCCUGCGGUAUCUGGACGAGAACCUCCCCUCGCUGGCUCCGCCCGAGGUCUAUGGUCUGCAUGCCAACUCCGGCAUAACGCGGGAUCUGCAGACGACCAAGACGCUGCUCGACUCGAUGAUUCUAUUGCUGGGCAGUGAGGCGGCGGGAUCCGCCGGGGCAGGAGUAAGUGUGGAACAGAUCAUCCUUAACACGAUCAAGCAGAUCGAGAGCGAGAUGCCGCCGGACAUGGACAUCGAGGCGGCGGCAGAGAAGUACCCAGUGGACUACAACGAGUCCAUGAACACGGUCGUGGUGCAGGAGAUGGAGCGCUUUCUUAAGCUCCAGAAGGAGAUCCGCGGCAGCUGCCGAGAUCUGGCCAUGGGCAUCAAGGGUAUAAUCGUAAUGACGCCUGAUCUGGAGAACGUGAUGACAGCGAUGAAGUUCAACCGCAUUCCAACCAAGUGGAUGUCCAAGUCGUACCCGUGCCUGAAGCCACUCGGUUCCUAUGUCCAGGAUCUGUACAAGCGGCUCAACUGGCUUCACGACUGGCACCACCACGGCAAGCCGCCCACCUUCUGGCUUUCCGGGUUCUUCUUCACGCAGGCCUUCCUCACCGGCGCCAUGCAGAACUUCGCGCGGAAGUACAAGAUCCCCAUCGACACGCUGACCUUUGAUUACGACGUGCUCAAGGUGGAGACGAAAGCGACGCCGCCAGAUGAUGGGGUGUACUGCAAUGGGCUGUUCCUGGAGGGAGCACGCUGGGAGUGGCGGGAGAACACGCUGGUGGAGCAGUUCCCCAAAAUCCUCAUCUAUGCCAUGCCCGUGAUCUUCUUCCGGCCAGUGGGACUCGCCGAAGUGGUCGAGGGCUCGCGCUACCGCUGUCCGCUCUACAAGACUGGCGAGCGCAAGGGCACGUUGUCCACGACGGGUCACUCCACGAACUACGUGGUGCCGCUGCUGCUAAACACACAUGUCAAGGCUUCGCACUGGGUCAAACGGAGCGUGGCCCUCAUCUGCCAGACCAGCGACUGAGCUCCUACGGGAGCCACCACUGCAUUGUUUGUGUUUAAACUAUUCCUACAUUAUGCACAAUUUUCUGUUAACUUUUCAAAACACAUUUUAAGAAUUAUGUUAAAAACAUAUGUAUACUACCAUCUUGAAAGACUGUUCAUAAUAAUUCCCUGGAGAUUAAGGAACACAACCUUGUAUAUUUAUAACUAAUAAUAAUAUAUUUUAAACAUGCAAAGUUGUGUUAUUUAAUGUCCAGGUAAUUGACUAUGGACUUACAAAUUAUAAAUGUGAACUAAGAUUUGACAUGAAAUCAGAAAGCUUCUAGAUUAUUACAGCUUAUUACAUUUAAAGACAUUUUAU